AAAAUCAUUACGAAAUAUUUUUUCAAAAGAUGAAUAGGAUUAGGUUUGCCUGUUUUGCAAAUAGGUUUAGUAAGAAUAGGUAUUUUGUUAACAGAAUACACAUAUUGCAAGCAAGAACUAAUUUUCAAGGCUCAGUUAAUGUGAGGCGAUAUAGUUUCAAAUAUGAUGUCAGUGUUGAUAGAAAUUUUCACGUGCCUGUUAUGGCACAAGAAGUAUUGGAGUAUAUGGCUCCAUCGCCGGGCAAAGUGUAUAUAGAUAUGACAUUUGGUGCUGGCGGACAUGCCAUCAGACUGUUAGAACAUUCACCCGAUAUAAAAAUAUUCGCGUUAGAUAGAGAUCCUUUAGCAUAUGAACAUGCAAAAGAUCUAUCGCAAAAAUAUCCAGGACAAGUUAUCCCUUUGUUAGGUAAAUUCUCUGAGUUACCACAGCUACUUGAACAAUACAACGUUCAAGAAAAUAGUAUAGAUGGAAUUUUAUUUGAUUUUGGUUGCUCAUCAAUGCAAUUUGACAUAGCGAACAGAGGUUUCUCCUUAUCGAAGGAUGGACCAUUAGAUAUGAGAAUGGAUGGAUUGCGGUGUUCGGAACAAAUCACUGCUGCGGAUGUAUUGGAGAGGGCAACUGAAGAAGAUUUAGUUCGUAUCAUAAAAAUUUAUGGGGAAGAGAAGCGUGCAAAGAAAAUCGCGCGUGCCAUUAUUGAGGCUAGAUAUAUGUUUCGAAAAUUAGAGACGACGAAGGAAUUGGCACAGCUGAUUGAGUCCACUCUAGGUGGUGAGAUUAGGAAAGACAGUCUCGGUAGAUUUUCACAUAGCGCUACGAAAACGUUUCAGGCACUUAGGAUUUUUGUCAAUAACGAAUUAAAUGAAAUUAAUUACGGUAUACUUCUCGCGCAAGUAUAUUUGAAAUUGUCCGGUCGUUUAAUAACAAUAUCUUUUCACUCGCUCGAAGACACUAUAGUCAAGAGACAUAUUUCAGGAAAUAUAAAAGAUAACGUGGCUAAUACCGUAGCGUUAAAAUAUGCGCAUUAUGGUAAGGUGUUUGAUAAGGACGAUAUUGAAAAGUUAACAACAACACCGUGGAAAAUGAUGCAUAAGCAUGUUUUGAUACCUACGGCUGAAGAAAUUGAGACAAAUCCGAGAUCGCGUUCGGCAAAAUUACGUGCUAUUAUGAAGGUGAAAUAAAUAUUUUUUAUUGUAUAUUACAGUUCAUAACACAUCACACUUUUUUAAUCAAUGUACAAACUUGUUGAGAUGAUAUACUUGUAAUAAGUAUAAUAUAUUUUAACAGAAUGUAUUUUCCAGUAAUUAUACUGGAUAAGUAAUAAAAAGUGUAAGCAUUUCUUGAAUACAAAAAUUUAUUAUGAUUAUACGUUAUACAUUGACAUAUAAACUUGCUGAGGUAUUAUUUGUACAUAUCACACAUCGUGAAAUUGUUUCUUUCAUUGAAAAAUACACAUUGAAUU